AUGUUCCGUGUGGUCGAGAUACUGGAGCAUUCGAACGCCAAGGAGUGGAAAUGGGUGCCCUCAAAACUGAACACAGCCGACCUGGCCACAAAGGUAUCGUUGCAGAUCAAUAGCGAAUUGUGGUUCACCGGACCGAAGUUUUUGGCCUAUGGAGUUGAAGAUUGGCCAACAUGUGAUGACCUUGGACCCGCCGAUACAACAGAAGUUAGACAUCAUUUGCUUCACGCUACAGCUUCAAAUGUACGAACUUCAGUUUCAAUAAGCAUAAACGUGGAAUACUUUUCUGAUUGGAGACGACUAUACCGAGCGUUGGCUAUUUUCAAGCUAUACAUAGAAAAGCUAAAAGCUGUUGUCCGAAAUAAACCCAUUCCAAACCAAGGGUCUUAUGAAAAUCUUCAAGACGCUAAGGUACAACUCUACAAAUGCCCACAGAUGAGUUUAUUCAGCAUAUCGAACUUAGAACGGGGUAAGAUUAUUAACAGGAAUUCAAAAUUAAUAUCUUUGAACGUUUACCUAGAUGGUUCUGGCAUUCUAAGGAUACGUAGUAAGGCUGAGAAUCUUAAUAAUCAACCAGAUGCUAUUGUCUUACCAAAGAAUCAUCACGUGACGUUCCUGAUUGUUUGUUCCUGGCAUGAAAACCACCACCACGUAUCACACGAAACGACCAUUUACAACAUCAGAGGGAUGUUUUACAUUCCACAACUGUGUGUACUAUACAAAUCCGUGCGGAAGAAGUGCCAAAGGUGCAAAAAUUACUAUGCUAUGCCUGCAGUUCCACAGAUGGCCACCUUACCAGCUGCAAGGUUAGCAGUGUUCGAGCGCCCUUUAACAUUUGUUGGCAUUGAUUAUUUUGGGCCCAUUUCCAUAAUAAUUGGACGAAGACGCGAGAAAAGAUGGGGUGUAAUAUUUACGUGCCUCACCGUUCGUGCCGUGCACAUAGAGGUGGCACACAGCUUAGACACCAGCUCAUGCAUUAUGUGCAUACGGAACUUCAUAUCACGCCGUGCAAUGCCUCGAGAAAUCUAUACCGAUAACGGCACAAAUUUCAAGGCCACUAAAAAAAUUGUAUGCGAUGAAUACAAAAACAUCAACUACUCAACUGUUGCUUCCAAAUACGAUGGACUUAGAUGGAAGUUCAACCCACCAGCAGCACCUCACAUGGGAGGGGCCUGGGAAAGGCUUGUCCGAUCCAUCAAAACUAUAUUGUAUAGUAUGGCUCCAAGGAACUUCAACGAUGAAACACUUAGAUGCGCGCUAUGGGAGGUGGAAUUCUUAAUCAAUUCCCGUCCACUCACAUUUGAGUCACUUGAGUCCUGCGACGACGAAGCCAUCACCCCAAACUAUCUUUUACUAGGCUCAACAACUGGGUACAAGUCUAUUUGCGAAGACGACAUAGACUUGCGACAGCGUUGGCAUCAAACCCAGUUGUUUUCUGAUAGAUUUUGGCAGAGAUGGGUAAAAGACUACACACCUAUGCUUGAACGACGAGGUAAGUGGUUUGAAAAACAGCCUCCUUUAGCCCCUGGUGACGUGGUUGUCAUCGUAGACGAAAACCUAUCCCGAAACAGCUGGCCAAAGGGUAUCAUUGAAAGCGUAGUAACCGCGAAAGACGGUCAAGUCCGAAGAGCUAUGGUGAGAACUCAAACGGGAAUGCUAGAACGACAAACAAGCAAGAUUGCCGUCCUAGACGUCGAUAAAGGCUAA